CGCAGGCUUGCAACUUGACGUUAAACGACAGUGGAGAACGGAAAAGCCGCAGUUUCAGAAAAUGGAGCUGCUGUCAACACCCCACAACAUCAAAAUCACCAACAUUACCUGCGAUUCGUUUAAGAUCUGCUGGGACACUGAUGUGAAAGACAGGGAGCGAAUCACACAUUACUUUGUUGACCUCAACAAGAAAGAAAACAAGGAUUCCAACAAAUUCAAGCACAGGGAUGUCCCUACCAAACUGGUGGCCAAAGCUGUGGCACUACCGAUGACAGUGCGAGGACAUUGGUUCCUGAGCCCCCGCACAGAGUACAGCGUCGCGGUCCAGGUUGCCAUCAAGCAGAGCGACGGAGAAUACCUUGUGUCUGACUGGAGUGAGGUUGUGGAGUUCUGCACUGGAGAUUAUUCUACUGCCCAUUUGAAACAAUUGUUGGAGAAGGCGGAAGCGAUUGCGGGACGGAUGCUGAGAUUCUCAGUCUUCUAUCGGAACCAUCACGAGGAAUAUUUUGAAUACAUAAGGACGCACCACAACGGGGUCAUGCAGCCCUACCUGAAGGACAGCAGCGGCAGCCACGGCUCGCCAGUGAACGGCACGCUGUAUGGAGUCUUCUUCAGCUGCAACACCGAGUUCAACACUGGCGAGCCGCAGAUGGACUCACCAUAUGGUCGGCUGCGGUUCCGAGUGGAUGCCGAGAAGCUCUUCAAUCCCGGCACUAACCUGUACUUUGCUGAUCUCUAUUGCAUGUAUACCGCCUACCACUACGUCAUCCUGGUGCUGGCACCCAAGGGUUCCGCCGGCGACCUGUUCUGCCGCGAACGGCUCCCUCUGCUGGACAGCGCAAACAACCCCUUCCUGACCUGCACCCAGGACCCUGAAGGCCGGCUGGUCUUCCACCACGCCCAGGACCUCAUCUUGGAACUGAUUUACACCCAGCCGCUCAGCCUGUCCCUGGGCACCCUCGGUGAGAUCGGCGGCCACCAGCUUAUGAGCCUCUCCACCGCUAAUGCCAAGAAGGACCCCAGUUGCAAGACCUGCAACAUCAGCGUCGGACGUUAG